AGGCCGAAGUCAGCCAAGGGACGGACAAGGCCGCGUCUCCACAAAACACAGGGCACAGAGGAGUGCACUCACCAUACGCUUUCCUCUCCACCUCCAGCCAAUCCCAGUGAGUCACCAAGCAGCCAGAAACUAGGAGCCUGCGCACCCACAUCAGCAGCUCAAGGAGCCCCUGAUGAGAUCCCCGAGCUGCUGCAGCAAGUGCCCAUUGGGGCUUCCUCUUCUCUCAAUAAAUACCCAGUCCUUCCUUCCAUCAACAGAAGAAACCUCGAGAAGGGAGCUGUGGACACAGCUAAAAAGGCCAGCUUACUGCAACUGAGCAGCAUCCAGGCCCGCUACCAAGAGGAGGCCUGCUCCAGGAAGACAAGCAGAGAAGAUUGCAGGGCUCAAGCUCAAGUUUGUACCCUGGAGAGGAAAUUCAUCCUCCGAACCAAGAGGCAGGGUGCCUCCAGGCCUGGAAACCUGGAGGAACCUUCAGACCGAGAACCAAGGCUGCUGCUCGCUGUCAGGUCACCAUCAGGCCAAAGGUUUGUCCGUCACUUCCGGCCGACUGACGACCUGGAAACGGUUGUUGCUGUGGCCGAGCAGAAGAACAAGGCCACCUAUGGACACUGCAGCAUCGAAACAAUGGAGGUGCCCAGGAGACGGUUCUCUGAUCUCACCAAGUCUCUGCAGGAGUGCGGGAUCCCUCACAAGUCGGUGUUGGGCAUCACAAAGGAAGAGUGGGAGGGGUGGCCCUGAGUCCCCAGCACCCGAGAGGAGUCCUGGGUCGCUGGGCAGUCAGCAUACUUGGGUGCUGAGGCCUCCCAGGCAUCCUGGUUCCAAGUGCCAUGUGAGCCCAGUGCAGCUGGGAUCCUUAGGACUUGACUCGGUGUCCUCUGAAGCCGUUACCUGCGCGUGUGCCGAGUGCCCUGGAAGGACUCCCAGCCAUUACAUUCAGGUCACCCCAGGGCUGCGGGUGGGUGCCAGGGCUCUUCCUGCAACAGCUGCAGCCAGGCCUUCUCCCUCCAUAGCGUGGGGACCUUCCAAGACAGUGGUCCUUCCCGGAGCACCUGCUGCCCUUACAGUGAACUGAUUCUGGAAGCCAGUGGUUUGCCUUUCUGUACUUGACCAGGAUUAAACACUUUCAACAGAGGAUUCGAGUCUGGUAAAUAACCAGGGUUUAGGGAAUAUCUAAGUGGCAUUUGUAUUUUUAUGUAUCUUUGA